AUGUGGCACCCGCUUGAUAUUCCGGAGGAUGCGAGCAAGCCGUGGACUGACUAUUCGCGCUGGCGAAUGCAGGACACGCGGGAUGGCGCCCACAUCUGGGAGUACUUACGCACCGACGAACAGGUACAGGCCUGGCCGCAAACUGACGCGGACAAGUACUGGACAGGGCAAGCCCUGAACCUGCCUUCCCUACCGAAAGCACGUACUCCAUUGGACGCCGCUCGUAAUGGGUACGACUUCUAUAAGCACCUCCAAGCAAACGACGGACAUUGGGCUGGCGAGUAUGGAGGACCGAUGUUCCUUGUGCCCGGUCUCGUCAUUGGCUCUUACGUCUCCGGCAUGAGUUUCAAAGACGAGGAGCGCCUCGAGAUGAUCCGUUACCUCUUCAAUCAUGCCAACGAGGACGGUGGCUGGGGCUUACACAUUGAAGGGCCUUCGACAUGCUUCGGGACGAGCCUGAACUACAUCGCGUUGAGAUUGCUUGGAUGCCCUGCAGAGCACCCAGUCACGAUCAAGGCGCGUGCAUGCCUGCAUUCGAUGGGUGGCGCGGUAGCUUCUCCAUCGUGGGGCAAGUUCUGGAUGUCGAUCCUUAACGUCUAUGACUGGGAUGGCAACAACCCGAUUCCGGCAGAAGCAUUACUACUACCCUAUUGGCUGCCCGUGCAUCCCGGUCGGUGGUGGGUUCACUGCCGUAUUGUCUUCAUCCCGAUGAGCUAUCUCUACGGGGUGCGAUUCACAGCACCUGAAGACCCUCUCAUUCUCUCACUAAGAGAGGAACUAUAUGUCCAACCAUACGCCUCGAUUGACUGGCCCGCUCAGCGUAACAACUUCUACCAUGUGGACCUCUACUACCCCCACUCCAAAUUGAUGGACCUCAUCAACCUCUUCCUCGGCGCCUACGAAUCUAAUUGUCCCUUCCCGCCCUUGAAACGGGCUGCAUUAGCGCGCGCCUACGAGCUCGUCGUAAUGGAAGACGAAAACACGGGUUACCAGACCAUCGGCCCAGUCAGCAAGAUGAUGAAUCUCGUUGCUCGGGUACACGCCGAGGGCCGCGAGAGCGACGCGUUCAAGAUACACGAGAAGAAGCGCGCGGACUUCCUGUGGCUAGGCGCCGAGGGCCUGAUGAUGUGUGGCACGAACGGCUCGCAGCUCUGGGAUAUCGGCUUCGCGACGCAGGCGCUUGUCGAGACCGGGCUCGCGGAAUUGCCUGAGAACCGCGACAGUUUGGUGAAGGCGCUUGAGUGGCUCGAUCAAUGUCAGAUUCGCGAGAACCCGAAACAUUAUGAGAGCAACUUCCGGCAUAGGUCGAAGGGCGCUUGGCCAUUCAGUACGCGUGAGCAGGGAUUCACUGUGAGCGACUGUACAGGCGAGGGUCUCAAAGCCGUUCUUUACCUUCAAAACCAGCUUGAUUUUACGCCAAAACUUGUCUCGGAGGAGCGCAUGCGCGACGCGGUCGACACGCUGCUGAGCAUGCAGAACCCUGAUGGCGGCUACGCGAGCUACGAACCGGCGCGUGGAUCACCUUGGCUCGAGUACCUCAACCCCGCCGAGGUCUUCGGCAAGAUCAUGAUUGAUUACAACUACGCGGAAUGCACGACAAGCGUGAUUACUUCUCUCUCAAUCUUCAGGAAACACUACCCUCACUACCGAGCCUCUGAGAUUGACAAAACUAUCACAUCGGCCGUGUCGUUCAUUAAGCGCAUCCAAAAGCCCGAAGGAGGGUGGUACGGGUCAUGGGGUAUCUCGUUCACCUACGCGACAAUGUUCGCUUGCGAGUCUCUCCAGCUAGUUGGCGAGACAUACACCAACUCAACAUGUGCGCGCCGAGCGUGCGACUUCUUGUUGAGCCAUCAAAGAGAAGACGGAGGCUGGGGAGAGAGCUUCAAGACCUGCGAGCUGGAGGCUUGGGUCGAGCAUGAGCAGACCCAGGUAGUUCAGACGUGCUGGGCUGCGCUUGCACUGAUGAAUGCGGAGUACCCGCAUCCGGAGCCCAUCGCUAAAGCCGUGAAGCUCGUGAUGAGUCGUCAAUUACCGGACGGUAGCUGGCCGCAAGAGGCCAUCGAAGGCAUCUUCAAUAACUCCUGCGCAAUCUCGUACCCCAACUUCAAGUUUGCGUUUACGAUCUGGAUGCUCGGGCGUGCGCACAAGUAUUUGAAGGCACGAGAUGCGCUGAACCGUGUUAACGCUUGA